AUGACCCGUGUAACUAUUGUGGGCGCAAAGUCAUCGGGUAAAACUACCCUACUAUUUAAUAUAAUACUCGGUGAAUAUUACUGUGAACUACCGGUGCCGGGACUGGAAGUGGAUUUCAUAGAAAGCGAUAACUUAUUAAUCAACUCAUUUAGCGUUGAACACCCGGAUAAAUACGCCCCCUAUUGGCCCCCUUUUUAUGCCAAGUCAUCGGCACUGGUAUUCCUAGUGGACAGUUGUGAUGAGCGUCGCCUACCGGACAUUAAGCAUGUGUUGUGUGACAUACUAUUAGCCGAUGAUCAGCUCCGGGAUGCGAUUGUGUUAAUUGUGGCCACAAAACAGGAUAUGCCCGGUGCUAUGUCUGUGUCAGAUAUUAGUGCUAAAUUGGACCUUGAUAAUAAGUUGACUGGACAUAAGUGGAAUAUAUUAGUCGCACUGGUAGUCGAUGGUACAGACAUUUCCAAUAUGGCCGCCGCACGUAAUUUAUUAACUGACGUAUUAGGUGAGUGUAGGCGCGAGUCACGGGUCAAAGUGUUGGUUAUGGUUAAUAAAUGCGAGUCACGUGAGUGUCUACCGUGUGAUAGGAUUAGCGAUGAAUUAGGUCUACACGCGUUGACCAAUAGGUGGCACGUGUGUCACGUGAGCGCAAAAAAUAAUCACGGUCUCCACGAGGCUUGGGAUUGGUUAAGGGUUUAUAUUAAAAAAUAG